AUGAUUAAUGGCGUGCUGGGAGGAAAUUCCAAUGGUGCUAGGAUUGGUGCGAACGGACAAUUGGCAGAAUUUCAAAGGAACAACCCUCUGUUGUUCAAAGGCAAUCAUGAACCUAAAGGCGCUCAGAAGUGGAUGAAGGAAAUCGAGAGGAUUUUCCGAGUGAUUGACUGUGCUGAAAAUUUGAAGGUGAUGUAUGGUACUCACAUGCUAUUUGAGGAAGCCGACGACUGGUGGAUUGCUACCAAGACAAAGCUGGAUACUGAUGGGAUAGCAAUCACUUGGGCUGUGUUCAAGAGGGGAUUUUUGAGGAAAAACUUUCCAGAGGAUGUUCGGGGAAGGAAGGAGAUUGAGUUUAUGGAGCUGAAGCAAGACAAUAUGAUAGUUCCAGAGUACGCUGCCAAGUUUGUAGAAUUGGCAAAGUAUUACACUCCUUACAACAAUGAUGAGGCUGGUGAGUUCUAG